GCCACAGACCUCGGGGCUAGGCUCUUCGCAGCGCACACCGAAAAUUGAUCUUUCUCAGACAACAGGACGUAGCAAACUCCUACUGUACCCUCCUCUCCCAUUAGUUUCCCCCUGUUUUCCGCCUUCCUCCCUACCAGGUCCUCCGUCUUUUAUCCUCGCUUUAGAGAAUUUAAUGCUUUUUGCUAGCAUCUUUUUGGUAUCCAGCGGACGCGAUACCCCACCAAAGCUCCAACUACCUUAGCUGAAUGUACUUUUUAUUUCUUCCUCUUGUGUUCCUCUCAUCUGAUUGAUGUGCAAAUUCUGAUGCUUCUGCCAGAGGGAGAGGAAUAAAUAGAUGCUGCUGCGCCCGAAGGCUUAGACGUUUGGAAAGAGCAGCCAAAGCGGCGGGAGCGGAGCUCGGUGAAGCUCGUUGGACCCCAUUGGGGGAAUUUGAUCCAAGGAAGCUGUGAGAUUGCCGGGGGAGGAGAAGCUCCCAGAUCAUUGUGUCCACUUCCAGGCAACAGGAGGAGACGGCGGAGCGGACCUCUCAGCGUCCACGGUAGAGUUGCUCCCUGUCCCGUUCUGCUGGGAUCAUGGUCUGCGGCAGCCCAGGAAGGAUGCUGCUGCUGCGAGCUGGGCUGCUCACUCUGGCUGCAUUCUGUCUGCUCCAGGUGCCCGGAGCUCGGGCAGCAGCCUGUGAGCCCGUCCGCAUCCCCAUGUGCAAGUCCCUGCCCUGGAACAUGACCAAGAUGCCCAAUCACCUGCACCAUAGCACCCAGGCCAAUGCCAUACUGGCCAUCGAGCAAUUCGAAGGUCUGCUGGGCACACAUUGCAGCCCAGAUCUGCUCUUCUUCCUCUGCGCCAUGUACGCACCUAUCUGCACCAUUGACUUCCAGCAUGAGCCCAUCAAGCCCUGCAAGUCUGUGUGCGAGAGGGCCAGGCAGGGCUGUGAGCCCAUCCUUAUCAAGUACCGCCACUCAUGGCCGGAGAGCUUGGCCUGCGAGGAAUUACCAGUGUACGACCGGGGCGUGUGCAUCUCUCCGGAGGCCAUCGUCACAGCGGAUGGAGCAGAUUUUCCUAUGGAUUCUAGUAAUGGCAACUGUCGAGGUGCAAGCAGCGAACGCUGCAAAUGUAAGCCUAUUAGAGCUACACAGAAGACCUAUUUCCGGAACAAUUACAACUAUGUCAUCAGGGCUAAGGUCAAAGAGGUCAAGACCAAGUGCCAUGAUGUGACUGCAGUGGUGGAGGUGAAGGAGAUUCUCAAGUCGUCUCUGGUGAACAUCCCAAGGGACACCAUCAACCUUCACACCAGCUCUGGCUGCCUGUGUCCUCCACUUACUGUCAAUGAGGAGUACAUCAUCAUGGGCUAUGAAGAUGAGGAGCGCUCCAGGUUACUUUUGGUGGAAGGCUCUAUAGCUGAGAAAUGGAAGGAUCGACUUGGCAAAAAAGUUAAGCGCUGGGAUAUGAAGCUCCGUCAUCUUGGACUGAGUAAAAGUGACUCUAGCAUUAGUGAUUCCACUCAGAAUCAGAAGUCUGGCAGGAACUCUAACCCCCGGCAAGCUCGCAACUAAAUCCUGAAAUACGAAGAGUAACAUCAGUGGACUUCCUAUUGAGACUCGCAUUGCUGGACUAGCAAAGGAAAAUUGCACUAUUGCACGUCACAUUCUAUUGUUUACUACAAAAAUAAUGUGGUAACUGAUAUUACUUUUAUUUUCUGUUUCUCUCCCCCCACCCACCUUUUUAAUGGCCUGGGGUUAGAUCCUUAAAUAUAUUACAUUUCCUAUUUUAGUAAUCACGAAAAAACUUUUUUUAGGGGGGCAAUAACAAUAAAUUAAACAUGUGGAUACUAGGGCCCCUUUGCUGGAGUCCCCAGAUGUUAAUUUCAUGUUCUGCACCCAGAUUGGAAAAAACAAAAUUGGCUGUAAGGAGAGAUUUCUGCUAUAAUGCAGAAAGCUAGAUAUGCUUAAAACGUUCUCUGCUGAUCUAAUUACAGCCUUAUUUUUGUCUGCCAUUUGGGCAUUUUCCUCAUGCUUAGAAAGUUCUAAAGGUUUAUAAAGGUAAAAUGGCAGUUUGAAAUCAAAUGCCACACAAGUACAGGCAAACCAAUCAAGCACCAGGAAGAAGCAUUUACGAGGAAAUGACACACAGAUGAAUUAUUUCCAAGAUUGGCAGGAAGCAAAAAAAAAAAAAAAAAAAAAAAAUAGUGCCAGGAGCCAAGGAAAGAACAUUUUGCCUGAUUAAGAAGCACAAUUGAAACCAGUAGCCAUUUGGGCAUUAACACUAGCAUUCUUCUUUUGGCAAUAUAUUUGAUUUGUUCAUGAGUAUAUUAAUCAGCAUUAGGGAAGUGAAUUAUAACUAGGCAUCUGCUUGUUAUCACCAUAGUUUUGUUUAAUUUGCUUCUUUCUAAAUAAGCCUGUUGGUGGAAGU